CGCGCCGCAGGUGUAUUCAGUGUCCAGCCUCACUCGUGUUCGACAAAAAAAGCAGCUUCAAAGCUUGUUUUAGCAUCCACACUUCGUUUAUAAUUAAGUUUUCUCACAGUACUGACAAACCGAAGCAGCGGCUCAAACAUUGAUUUGAAUCUGUUUUCCGACUUCGUUUCUCCGCCUCUCUGAGCUCCGCCCAGAGGCUCAUGACCGAUGACGACACACGACGCAGCCAAUGGCAACACACGCAAGUCAAUAACGGCAGAAAAAACGCCCAUUGGCUAGCUGAUUCUGUUCCGCCUAGCAACCGCCUCUGAUCUUAUAAUACAUCCACGGGGAGGGUGGGAUAUCUUAAGGUUUUGAUCACGGAUGUAUUAUUAGAGCUGGAUACGGUGCCAUUUUCCCCAUGUGCCAUCAUCUCACUGCUGUUGGUUCGUUGCUGUGAGAAGUACAAUUGGAAACAGUGAAGAAUAUUGUCAGUUAUAUCUCAGAGCUGGAAUAUUGGACAGCUAAUUAAUAACUUCCAUAUUGUUGAGCGUUACCAACAUGCAAGACCAGUAAAAGCUUGUACAUUAAAUCACAGACGUGUGUUUUUCUCUCUCUCAAACAGCACCUCACAACAGUUGUUGUCUGCAGACGGCAAAACACUGGUUAACCUGUGGGUCAUCCCUCACUUUUCUGAAGUGCUUCACAUGUUCAAAAUGCUUGAAGUUUCGACCUGUGCCACAGCUCUCCAUCACACUCUGCAGAUAGUUUCAGCUCUUCAUGACAUUAUUUAUUACCUGGUGAGUUUCUCCAGACUUGGAAACACUGAAAACUCCUGUAGCUGGAGGAGAGACCGGGAGGCACCAGCCUCACAUCUUGUAGCUGACUGGGGAGGCACUGAAGGCAUCGGAGCAGAGCUGCUGGAGAUCCAGCGACAGGUCGACUGUCUGUCUGAUCCCAGCAGCCCAGAGUCUGUCGGGCGUCUGCUGCAGCUACGAAGGCAGGUCCUCCUCCUGCAGUUUGAUACUGCUGUCAGACACCUCAUCAGGGAGGCGUUCCUCUCCUCUGGUGAUGUGGCUUCUUACCAGAGUGUGAGUGACAACAUGACGACUGCUCUCCCUCUGCUGAGCGACAGUAUUCAGACGGACAUGUUCGCUCUCACGUUGCCUGUUCCUCGACCUCUAGACACUCGAGGCAGUCAGGCACAGAUGAUGUAUUCAUGGAGAAGUUUCACAGCCUGUUAUGGAUUGUUUCCUCUGCAUAUUUGGGACAUACCAUCCAUCGAAUACAGCCUACAAACAAGGUGUCUCACAGAUAAUAGUUGUGUUUCUCUGCAGCUGUGUCUGAGUGGUCUGAGUACCUGUAGCAGACUUCAGGCCAAUGCAGCGCUCCUUGGUGUGUCGCUGCUCAUGGAGGACGUCCUGAACGGUGGACGAGACGUUGAGCCUGUUCGUCUCCACAGUAACAAAGAUGACCUUCUCCACAGUGGAAAACCUAAUGAGGGGGAUAACAGCUCCUCAGAAGCUGAAGCAGAGGAGAAGAAGACGACCACUCCUCCUCCUCAGGAUCCGGUUCGAGUCCAGUCAACGCUGAAAGGUUAUCUUCUGCUGACGAAGCAGCUCCAGGUCUUCAAGGAGAGCUGGGCUCGAAGACGUUUGGGCAUUGAGAUUUUCAGUUCGACCAGACUGUAUCAGCAGUUUGUGAAGCUCUACAGAGCUGAAAUCUUUUACCCCAGUAUGAAAGCUCUGGCUCAACAAAUGGGUAAAGAGCGUGACUACGAGGUUUUAAUUUCUGGCAGCCAGGCUCUCCUGCCCCCUCCUGGAGCCUCAGAGGUUGAUGUGAAAGCCUGGCAGCUUCACAGGCUGCUGGAGAGCACCGAGUGUGACAUGAUCAAGGCAGUGCAGAGGAGGAUCAAUGGAGAGCUGACCCUGGUGGUUUCAGAGCGAACACGGCAGGAUACAUGCCUCCCAACAGAGCUGUGGAAAAAAGCCCCACUGAAGUACAGUUUGUCUCCUGAGCGGCCGCAGAUUGUGGAGACGUUCAUCCAGCAGCUGAUGGAGGGAGCUGAGCAGGUGGAGGGACAGCUGAAGGUCUCUCAGGAUCAUCUCCAGCAGUGUCUCACUCACCUCGGUUCAUCUCUGAUGGAGCGAGAGCGUCGUAGCUUCCUGCUUUACUCACACUUUUAUGAACGAAUCCUGCAGCAGGAGACUCAGCUUCUGUACCAGAGAGAACAGGAUUUAAAGGAUCUAAAGGACUCUCAGACAAGCAGCCCUCACAAAGAGGUGUCAGCUCUGUGUCGUGGGAUGAUGUUGGAGAUCUCAGCUCUGCAGGCUCGAGUCGCUCAACUUGAAGAAGAGAAUCGUUCUUUAGAGAAACAGCUCAGUCUCAAAUUUAAAGAGCGUUAUGACCCUUUGGUCCGACAACUCUUCUCCACCUGUAUCCAGCUAAAGGCCAGACUUGAUGAGUAUCACCGGCAGAUGGAGCAGGAUGUGAGUGUGAUGGUGAACAGGGUAAGAGAGGAGGGAGUGGACAGAAUCAUAAAGCUCAAAAAGAAGUAUGGCUGCACCAAAGACAACGAUGGACUCACUCUCACACAGUUAAAGAAGGAAGAAGUCCAUGAGUUGAAGCUGGAGAACAGCCGGCUGACUGCUCUGCUCUGUAAACUGAAGGCUCUGAGUCGAUGGAGGCAGGUGGUCGACCAGGAGAAACUUCACAGACGGCUGCUUCAGACUCAGCAGAGGGAGAUUACCAGUCGCACCGAGGCCCUCAGACUGAAGAUGGUAGCAGAGGAGGAGGUGGUUUUCCUGCAGGAGGAGCUGGACGCCGUGCGGCAGGUGUUGACCCGCUGCCAGGCCGAGAGCAGCCGCACCAAGAAGCUGCUCAGCAGGAAGACAGAGGAGCUCCAGGUGGCCCGGCAUCAGUCUGCACAGGAGGCCCGCAGCAGGCAGGAGCUGGACAGUUACCGAGUGCAGAGCCUGGAACAAAUGAGAGCUGACGUGGAGGAGAGAGGCCGACAGCUCAGAGCGCUCAGCGAGCAGCUGGACAGAGGUGGCAGGAUGAACCAGUUACAGAGACAGCGCAGCGCCAGAGAGAUCCGACAGGUGAAGGGCCAGCUCCAUCAGGAGCGCUGCCUCAAACAAGAAGCCUUUCAGCAGGUGGAUAAACUAAAAAACCAGGUGAACAACAUGGAGGCAGCUUUCUCCAGGUGCACCUCGACAUCAGGGCAAAGCAGGACUUGUUACACGCUGUCAGUCAGCAGAUUGAGCACCACAAGUCCCUCAGCAGGUCUACGCAGGGCCAGUCAGCAGCAGUCCACCCUGCAGCUUGGCAGCCUCACAAACUACACCGCACUUCAGGACUUUGCUGCAGAGCCAAGACACCAGAGAGCAGAAACAGCCAGGAGUCGCUCAAACACAAGAACAGACAGACCCAGAGCGGAUUCGUCUCAUGUGCGUGUCCUGACUGCAGAGACAUUCUUACCAGAGCUGCACUAAGUUAUCCCUGGGUGUUUUGUAGAGCAACACCAAGUUGUUUAACAAGUUCAG